UCAUGUUACUCUCUAGGCUCAAUCUCCCCUUGAGUUCUCAAAUCCAUCCUAAUUUCAUGUCAAUCUUGUUAUCAAUAAUAAUAACCCUCAUCAUUUUCCUCUAUAUUUUCACCAAAAAGUCAUCCCACAUAUUCUUAAUAGAUUUCUCAUGCUACAAACAUCCAGAAAGCCAAAAAUGCAGCCAACAAACUCUGCUGGAUCGAGCCAAGAAACAAGGAAUAUUCUCAAACGACUCACUGAGUUUCAUGGCUAAAGGAAUGCGCACCAGCGGCAUUGGCGAUUCAACCUAUGUUCCCCAAAAUAUACUAAGUGUUCCUCCAAAUCUCAGCAUCGAAGCAGUGAGAAAUGAAUCAGAAAUGGUGAUUUUUGGAGCUAUAGAUUCAUUGCUGGCGAAGACGAAGGUGGAAUGGAGUGAGAUAGGAAUAUUGAUAGUGAAUUGCACGGUGUUUAAUCCAAUCCCUUGUCUCUCUUCCAUCAUAGUCAAUCACUAUAAAGUGAGACAAGAUAUUUGCAGCUAUAAUCUCACUGGCAUGGGAUGCAGUUCUAGUCUCCUCGCUACCGGCCUUGCAAACCAGCUACUUCAGGUGCGCCAAAAUAGUUGUGCGCUUGUGGUAAGCACCGAGAACACUAGUAGCAGCGUCUACACCGGCACAGAUCUCUCCAAGCUCCAACUCAACUGCGUAUUCCGCCCCGGAGCCUCCGCCGUUAUCUUCUCCAACAAACCCUCCCACCGCCGCCGCUCAAACUACCGGCUGCUGCACACACUCCACACUCACGCGGCCAGCUCCGACGUCGCCUACGGCUGCAUUUACCAGGAAGAAGAUUCGGCCGGAAUCACCGGCAUAACAGUAACCAAAGAUCUGUUACUCGCAGCCACUUCCACCAUGGAACAACACCUUCAAGCAUUAGGGAUUCUCAUCCUUCCGCUCUCCGAGAAACUUCCCAUCGCCAGAAACCACAUCAUCCGGCGUCUCCGCCCGGGAGAAAUUGAGCCGUACGUCCCCAAAUUCAACCGAUGCGCCGACCACUUUCUUCCGCACGUCGGCGCAAAGCCGGUGCAGGACGCAAUCCAGAAGAAGCUGAGGUUCGACGACGGUGAUAUGGAGGCUUCUAGAAUGACUCUGCACAGAUUUGGGAAUACUUCGAAUUCUUCGAUUUGGUAUGAGCUGGCGUAUGCGGAAGCUAAGGGUCGGGUCAGGAAGGGCGACCGGGUCUGGCAGGUUGCGUACGGGUCGGGUUUCAAGUGUAGCAGCAUGAUAUUACGUGCGUUGAGGGAUGUAGAGGGUGAUGAGAUGAAUCCAUGGAUGAGUAGUGAUAUUAAAGAUGCUUCUUGUCUUGUGGAUUUGGAUACAUGUGCUCCAUAUCCUUACUUGUUUGAAGCUCCAAAACUCUAGUGUUGUAUUCUUGUGAUUAUAAAAAUAGCCACUUUGCUAUUUAAAGAUCAAAAUACAUACCUUGGUAUUAAAGCAUUUUUUUUAGUUACAACUCACACUCAUACUCGUGCACAUUAGAGACUCGAACCCUUGAUCACGUACACUUCAUCCUAA